UUUGAUCGCCAUGAAGCUGGCGUUCAAUCUAUCUACAACGGCACUAUCGCUUUGUGCUGUCUGCUGUUGCAAUGUGCUUCUUACGCAGGCCCAGACGCCGCUGAUUCUACUCGCCGGCCAAUCCAACAUGGUUGGCAGUCCCAACGAGGCCGGAGAAAGGUACGAGCAAGACGUGCUCGCCCGCACUAAUACCAUCCAGCCGGGAUUGACUUUCGACAACCUACUGCCCUUGCUCGUCUCACCAGCUAUGCAGCAGACCAACAUAACAACGGAGUUUCGUCGAGAACUCGUCGACCUGCUCACACGAAUCUUAGGAUACGUCCACAACGGUACCGAUGUCGUUCCCGAACACCAAGUCGACCUCUUGAUCGAGCUGGGACAACGGUUUCCUACUCUGUACACGUCUCUCGCAGACCCACUCGGGAAUGUUUAUUGCUCGGAUGUGACUCCGCCCAUCGCGGUACAAGAAUUCAUGUCCGCGGUGCCUUUGUCUCCCAACAGUGGAUGCGGUAAUCCGUACGGCCCCGAACUAGUCUUGGGCCACACGCUCGGAUUCCUUCCCGACGGGAAAGAGUCGGGCAGUGACCUAUCUUUCAUCAUGCCCAAGGUUUCUCGUGGAGGCACACAAAUCCGCGGAAACUGGUCCAAAGCGGAAGGUGACUUGUGGAGUACACUCCAAAGUCGUAUCGCGCACAUCGACUCCGUCAGUACCCAGUGCCAAACCGGCAGCGGAUGCUCGUGGGAUGCCUUUGUUUGGUUUCAGGGAGAGAACGAUUCCAUGGACCAGCUCAACGCCGAGAACUACGAAGGCGAUUUAAUCACCUUUUUGGCGGACGUUCGCGCGGAAUUGUUCGCGGCGGGCACGCGCUAUGCCGCACCGGAGGAAAUCCCUGUCGUCAUUGUGCAGAUUGGUAGCUUUUUCCGCGCCCGUGAGUUCGGAACCGUCGUGGCACGCGCCCAAGCCAGUGUGGCUGCUAGCGACGCGUUUGCCAGCAUUGUAUGGACGGACGAUUUGGGUACGUUCUAUCACUACGACGCCUCGUCACAGUUGAUCAUUGGCGAUCGCGUGGCUCGAGCCCUGGAAGGCCUGUGGAAAGAUACCAUCGUCAUGCCCCCUUUGGAUCGGUCCUGGUUUGGCAGCUGUCAGCAAAAUGGUCAAAAGUGCCACACGAAUGCCGCUUGCUGUGGUGGUAAAUGCGCCUAUUCAAGAUGUGGUACAUGA